UUCUGUGAAAUGAGUUUCCAAGGCUGUGUUUCUGCAUUAGAUGUCAAAAAGGGGGAACUGGUCUGAAGAAGCAGAGCGUAAUGUUUGUAUGUAAUGUUUCUAUUUUGUACCUUGUCCUUAGAAACAGCUGGCAUGAAGAGGUAGAAAUACCACACACGUUAGCAGCAUGUUUUAGAAACAGAGUUGCUGAAUUAUAUGAUUAAUUCUCACUUGCAAAACUGCAGUAGUUUUUAAACGUUUUCGAAUAGUACAGGUAUGAUUAUGGGCUGGAAAGGAUGUUCUAAGGCUGUUUGGAUAAGAGACCCUGAGCAGAAGAAAAGCAGAGUUAGCAACCAUCAGAGAAGCCAACAGGGCCACACAGGGCCAGGUGGUCUCACUCUGUGGGAGGGAACUGAUGGCUGCCAGGAGGUUCCUCCGUGUCGCUGUAGUUCCUGGCUACCAAGAGAAGACUGUGGGCCACCGUAAGGGGGCGGUGAGCUGCCAUGGAGCCUCCCCUCGGUCUCCUCUAUGGGCAGAACAACCCAGAGAGCUCAGGUGCUGCUCAUCCCCUCCGCCCUCGGGACCGUUCCCCGUCGUGUCAGCCGCACUGCAGGAACUCUGUCGUUGUUUUCUCUCCGUCUCUGGAGGAGUUCCAGGAGGGUGGAGAUGCGGCACUUGGGGACGGGGCUCGGAGCGACGGAGAAGGACGGGCUGGAGUCGGGUUGGCGAUCCAGAGGUCAUUUCCACCCCUGGGGUCUCAGUGCCUCUCUGCAUCCAACCCAUCCUCGCUGGGAGGAGCGUGCCGCGCAUCCCACACCGCUGUGCUCCAGCGCUCAGGCGGGGCUCCCACCGCCGCCCUUGGCCGCGCUCUGACGGCCGGCUCCCGCCCUUACCCUUAUCGUCGUUCCGUCCCUUCCUCUGCGCUUUCGCUUUCCCUUUUGACAACCCUCGGGAGCGAGCUCUGCCCGGCACCCGGUGACGUUACCCGCGCUCUCGGUCUCCAUUGGCCAGGCUGUGGCGGAGGCACCAAUGGGGACGCGGGGCGGGGCCGGAGGUGUCCUGCAGAGCGGUGCCAUGGGUCCGAGCGAGGCGGUGCUGCUGUGGCUGCUGCUGGGGGUCCUGGGCGAGGCGGCGUGCGAGUCGCACUCCCUGCGGUACUUCCUGACGGGGAUUACGGAUCCCGGACCCGGGAUGCCGCAGUUCAUGGCCGUCGGCUACGUGGACGGCACACCCUUCGGGAACUACGACAGCGAGCGCCGGACGGUGCAGCCCAUCGUGGACUGGCUGCCACAGGAGGACGUGAAGCACUGGGAUGCGGAGACCAAGAAGGCCCGGAGCGGUGAGCUGGAUUUCUACGUGGCUAUGGACUGGCUCCAGGAGCACUACAACAAAAGCAGAGCCAACGCGGUCGCACAAAUCACCAAGAGGAAUCUGGAGGAUGAAGGGACGUAUGCUGAGAGAUGGAAGCACGAGCUGGGGACCGUCUGCAUUGAGAACUUGAGGAGGUACCUGGAGCACGGGAAGACUGUGCUAAAAAGGAAAGAGCGGCCCGAGGUGCGAGUGUGGGGGAAGGAGGCUGACGGGAUCCUGACUUUGUCGUGCCGCGCUUAUGGCUUCUACCCACGGCCCAUCGCCAUCAGCUGGAUGAAGGACGGUGUGGUCCAGGACCAGGAAACCCACUGGGGUGGCAUCGUGCCCAACAGCGACGGCACCUACCACACCUUGGCCACCAUUGAUGUGCUGCCGGGGGACAGGGACAAGUACCGUUGCCGUGUGGAGCACGCCAGCCUGCUCCAGUCCGGCCUCUUCUCAUGGGAGCUGCAGCCCAACCUGAACCGCAUCGUGGCUGUGGUGGUCAUCGUCGCUGUGGUGGUCAUCGUGGCUGUUGUCGCUGCUGUCACUGGAUUGCUGGUGUGGAAAAGCAAGUCAGGGAAGGAUGAGAAAGGUGUCAGAGCUGCACUAGGCCGUGAUGGGGAAUCCAGCCAUUUGGCCACAGGUACAGUGUGGGACCGGGGGUCAGGAGGGGUCCCUGAGGUUGGAGGGGUCUCGAUUCCCUGCAUUCUUCUGUUGGACUCACAGCUGGGGCAAUACUGGGCCCAGCUCUCCCUAGAGAGCCCCCAGAGCAGUGAGUCAGGACAGGGACGUGGCCACACAUGACACCGUCUCUUCUCACCCCUGCAGGGAAUGAAUCUUCCAUCUGAGUGCUGUGCUACUUCAGCUAGGCCUGCAUGCGUUUGGAGUUUGUGGGUGUGUGUAUCUCUGCUCAACCUCCUGAAUCUUCUUGGGAUGACAUUCCUCUGCUCUGUUCUGUGGGGUUUGCAUCUUCAUCUCUCUCCUCUCUCUCUUCCUCUCUUUCUUUCCAAGCCAUACCAGAAUGUAACACAAGGCAUAGCACCACAGCUUAUUGCUAAUUGGGUACAUCAUUGUGAUUGCUCAUAUAUUGAGCUUGACUGGAGUUACAGCACCAAAUUGGGCAUCCUUCAACCAAAGCUCAGCCCCUCCAGGGCCCUGACAGCUGAGAACAAGCUGGAGCAUGAGGGGAGUUGUUUUCUGCCAAAUUUCUUUGCACUCUUUGUGUGACGCCUUUCUAGUCAAAUAAAGCUCAGCAGUUUGGAUUGCUGGUUUGCAGCUCA